AUGAAGAAGGGGCCAUGGACACCUGAAGAAGAUGAACUUUUGGCCAAUUAUGUGAAGAGGAGGGAAGGCGAAGGACUGUGGCGGACGCUGCCCAAACGCGCCGGUCUCCUCCGGUGUGGCAAGAGUUGCCGGCUCCGGUGGAUGAAUUAUCUCCGGCCGUCUGUUAAGAGGGGUCGGAUUGCUCCUGAUGAAGAAGAUCUCAUCCUUCGUCUUCAUCGAUUGCUCGGUAACAGGUGGGCUUUGAUAGCUGGAAGAAUCCCAGGACGUACAGAUAACGAGAUCAAGAACUACUGGAAUUCCCAUCUCAGCAAGAAGCCCAUCAACCAAGGAAUUGAUCCUAGGACUCACAAGCCAGUGGACACAAGCCCUAACCCUAAUUCCUCUGGAACAUAUGCAAUCCAAACACAAGCCUCAACUCUUACACUUUUUCCUAAAAAACCUAGACCAAUUUUUUCUGGGUCACAACCAGUUAAUGGCUACAAUCUGGAUCUGGAUCGAAACCCACUUGUCGAUAAUAGCCACAAGAACUUGAAGAAUUCUGAUCUUUUGAUGACAAAUUUAGAAAGUGGCCAUGAAAACAGUAGCAAUGAAGAAGAUGAUAUGGAAUUCUGCAAUGGUGAAACGUUCUCUUCAUUUUUGAAUUUCUUGAUAAAUGAAAACGAGUUUACUGAUCCGCAACAGCCUAACGUGAUUUCACCUUCGAUAUUGUCUCAGCAUGUAACAUCUUCUAUGCAGACCUUCAACCUUGGAACUGUUUGGGAAGCUGCACCGACAUCAACCGUUGCUGCAUUAGAAGAUGAACAAGAAGGGUUAGAUAAUCUUUUGCCAGAUUAA